AAAGGAAUUGGCGCGUAAAUGGGCGAGCGCUGGGGGAUCCGGAGAUCAGCUGGAGAGAGGAAAACAAUAGCCAUCCCGGGGCAGGGGCUCGGUUACCGGUCCGGUCUUCUGUGAUACAGACAGCGAGAGGGAUUCCCUCAUUGAUUAUUUUAUCCGGAGAUCUCACAGGAGCCUCAAUGGAAUCUGGCCUAAAGUUGCUGCAACUUUUCACAACAAAUCCGGCUGGUGUCUAAUUUAACCCGCCGCCGUCAGUGCACUUUUAUCCCUUACAGAUCUCCCCUCCGGACGGAAGACUGACCUUUUUAUUGGACGGCCCGAGUACCUGGCGUGCAAGUUUAUUGAGGUUUUCAUGCCAUCCUCUGUUCCAGAUCUGCAGCCCUGAAAACUUUAUUUUUUUCAAUAAUUGCAACUUUAUUCAAAGUGACAGUUUAAUCUUGGACAUGUACCUUGUUCCCAUAAUUGCAAACUAUUUUCUGCAGACUGGUUUUUACUUGUCAUCAACCAGUAGUUUCAGCUUUAUAUUUUGUGUAAAUUCGUUUUUCUAUGUUUUUUUUUUUAUAUAUGCAUGCUGCAUCAGUUUUAGGUGUCUGCUGCACUUUCUCUUUACAUUGUAACCAAGACUGAUUCACCUUUUAGAACUCCAUUGCAACUUUUUUGUUUUGUUAUUGCAUCCGAUCUACAUUGCAUCAUUUUUGGAUUGCUGUUGCAUUGUUUUGGAUUGCCACAUAAUUUUUGGAUUCAUUCACCACGUUUGCAUCAUUUCAGAUUCAUAGCGCAACCUUUUGGAUUGUUGUUGCAUCGUCGCAUUGCUUUGGAUUGACCCUGCACCGUUGCGUGGCUUUCAACUGAUGCACUGUUUUUGGAAGGACGUUGCAUUGUUCUGGAUUUCUGCUGCGCCAGUGCAUCACUUCAGAUUAACGCUGCAUCCCCUUUGAACUGACUCUGCACCCAUUCAUUGUUUUGGAUUUAUAUUGCACCGCUGCAUUGUUUCAGAUUUGGACACUGCACCAUUGCAUUGUUUCAGAUCUAUGCUGCAUCCUUUUGGCUUGAAGCUGCAUCCCUUCUGGACGGACGCUGCAAUCCUUUGGAUCUAUUUUUGCAUGGCUGCAGUGUUUCAGAUUGACGCUGCAUCCCUUUUUUGAUUGAUACUGCACCAGUGUAUAUUUUUGGCACCUCUUCAGUGUUUCAGAUUGAUGCUGCAUCCCUUUUUUGAUUUGAUACUGCACCAGUGUAUAGUUUUGGCUAUAUUUUUGGCACCUCUUCAGAUUGAUUCUGCAUCCCUUUUUGAUUGACUUGGCACCAGUACAUUGUUUUAGAUAUAUGUUUCACUGCUGCAGUGUUUCAGAUUGAUGCUGCACCUUUGUUUUUGGAUGGGCGCUGCACCGUUGCAUUGUUUUGAAUUGAUGCCGCUUCAUUGCAUUGUUUCUGAACUAUUCUGCAUCUUUUUUGGACAUAAGCCGCACCAUUGCACUGUUUUGGAUUGAUGCACUAUUUUUAGACAUAAGCUGCAUCUACCCGGAUUGGUGCUGCAUUUUUUUUGGAUGUAUGCUGCACCAUCACAUUGUUUUUGAUUGACCCUGCCCUGUUUUUGGACAUCUGCCCCCAUUGCAUUGUUUUGCCAUCUUUUUUUUGCCUUGCAUCCAUACCACGACUGAUGUACAUUUAAAGGUCCCUUGCACUUUGGAAUAUUUCAGCACCAGCUUGCACACACAGGACUGGAACCUAUAGCUGAUUUUAAUAGCCAGACAGAGUUUUACAGCACUGUGCACAUUUUUUUUGGCCAUCAUUGUCUCUACCAGACUAACAAGUGAACGUUUUAACGAGUGAACCACCCCUUUCCUGCUCUCUGAGGUUGACUUACUGACUUUUUAAUGAAUAGCGGAGCUCGUUUAUUGGCCCAAGUCUGAGUCCUAGUGUUUUUAAAGGAUUCCAAAGCUGUUUUUUUUCUUUAUUACCUCCCCAAGUGUUCCUCAACUCCUUUUUUUACAAUUGGCCACCUGUUGCCAGAAGUGUUUAUUCAGCCUGAAACUUUGAUUCACCCAGCGAGUUCCAGUUUGGGAAUCCAAUGUAGGCGCAACUGAUUUUCUAGUGUUGAGAACAUGGCACCUGGAUGGACUGCAAGGUUGAGGGAAUAACCCCUCUGAUCAUGUCCCAGGACUUUGGGGUGUCCUAUGGCUGCUUGGAAGGUGAGCUAGGAACUCUCUGGGAAGCAGGCACCAUUCAUGUGGCUGAGCAACAGAUUGUGAUCAUAUCCACUCCAGAUGUUCCUGUUGAUGGACCUUCGAACCCUGGACUCAGUGAGGCCGAGUUGAUGCUUUUUACUACACCGCAAGGGCCUAGCGCAGGAUGUGCCGGACAGAAGCCGACCCUUGGACGACCACCGGUGAAACGGAAGUUAGAUUUGGAAGCUGCACUCAGAUCUGUUCCGGAAGGACUUCAGACACCUCGAGGGAAGACGAGACAUCUGGGAAGAGGCGUGAGAUCCCCAGGGGAGAGGUCUCGAUACGAGACAUCUCUGAAUUUGACAACAAAAAGAUUCCUGGAGCUCCUUAGCAAGUCGGCUGAUGGUGUGGUGGAUUUGAACUGGGCCGCUCAAGUGCUGAAUGUCCAAAAAAGGAGGAUCUAUGAUAUCACCAAUGUCCUUGAAGGGAUCAAUUUGAUUACCAAAAAAUCCAAGAACCACAUUCAGUGGCUGGGUAACCGAUCCGUGGUAGAAUCCAGCAACAGGUACCAGAUGUUGGUAAAAGAGUGUCAGGACCUUUUGGCUACGGAACAACACUUGGAUAACCUUAUUCACACGAGCACCACCCAAAUGAAACUGCUUACUGAGGAAUCCGAGAGCCAACAAUUGGGAUAUGUUACCUGCCAGGACCUCCGCAGCAUUGCAGAUCCAUCAGAACGGAUGUUGAUGGUCAUCAAAGCCCCACCAGAGACUCAUAUGCAGGUUUCUGAUCCAAUAGAGGCUUUGCAGAUAUCUCUGAAAAGUACCCGAGGACCUAUUGAUGUUUUCCUCUGUCCAGAUGACUCUUCCGGGGUCUGUAGCCCUGUUAAAAGCCCCACAAAAGCGUCACAUUCCAUCCAAUCGCCUAGCACCCACAGCUCCAGCGACUCUCCAGCAUUAAUACCUGACCAGGACAUGGGCCUAGGACUACUGACAUGUGAUCAAGGGUCCUUGCUGUCACCAGAUACAGACCUUCCCUUGGGCUACACAGGAGACCUCCAUCUGUCUCCCGCCACUUCUACCAUCUUGCCGGACUUUCUUUCCGAUGAGCUGAUCAGUUUAUCUCCACCCCUGACCAACGAGUACCGAUUUGGCUUGGAGAAUUAUGAAGGCGUCGGUGAACUCUUUGAUUGUGAUUUUGGCGACCUGACAUCUCUCGACUUGUGAAGUGGCAGAUGAUCCUGUUCUGUUCUGAAUCUCUGCAAGCUUUCGCCUCACUAGGCCGAUGUGAUGACUCUGGAAUGUCUGAGCUUUUUCACUUCGUUGUAUCAAGUGAACUUGCCAAAAAGUUGUUUAUAUAUUUUAUUUUUUUGUAUCUGUGUGUGUAUGUUCUAAAUCAAGAUUGGUAUUCAAAAAAACACAAGGGAAUUGCAAUGGAUAGAAGGUUUCUAGGACAUUUUAAUGCCGUAGAAGUCCUUCACUUCUAUGUUGUUUUUCAGCAUUAUUCUGAUCUACAUGCUUUGGAACAUUUUGCACUUAAGUCAUCAUACCCAUAGUAGUCUAUGUAGAUAUCCGAACGACCCCAUAUACCGCAAAUCUCAGACUUGCAAGCCCGGAGAAGCCUAUUAUUAUUUUUUUUUUUUUAAAGCAGUUUAAACUGGAACUCAAGCCAAAAACAUUGUUCUUUUUUUGUUCUGUUCCCAUUGGUGAGAUUUCAUGUACCAACGAUCCGUGUCUGUCUGGCCACUGACAGAUGUUCUAAAAGUUCUCCACUCCAUCCAAACCAAAUUGGGCGAAAGAAGCUCUGGCUGGAGCCUUCACUCUAUAUAUGCUAAACAAUGCCAAGGAGGUAAAUGUAACUUUAAAUUUGA